AUGGAUCCCGCCGCUGUGAGGUCCUUGCUCGCCACUAGCUUGGACCCUGAUGCAGACAGUCGAAGGCGUGCUGAGCUUCAGUUGAAACAGAUUGAAGAACAGCCCGGAUUUCUCGAAUGUCUGCUCGAUAUUUUACAAGCCGAACAGGAGGCUAGUGUCCGCCUUUCUACCGUGAUUUACGUCAAGAACCGUGUCAAUCGAUCAUGGUACAAUAAUGAGGGGUACUCUCCCGACCCCCCCACCGCUAUAAUCCCUGAAGAAGAGAAGGCUCGUGUACGAGACCGCCUUCUGCCAAUCCUCGCUACGUCCGAAACCCUCGUCCGCCAGCAGCUCAUUCCCGUCCUCCAACGAAUCCUCCAAUAUGACUUCCCCGCCCGUUGGCCCAAGUUCAUGGACUUUACCGUCGAGCUUCUAAACACGAAUAACCCCGGUUCCGUCCUUGCUGGUCUGCAGUGUCUGCUCGCCAUCUGCCGUGCGUUCCGCUACAAAGCAACCGACAGCGAUGACCGACAACACUUUGACAAGAUUGUGGAGGCAACAUUUCCCCGUCUUCUCGCCAUCUGUAACGAGUUGGUGAACCAGGAGAGCGAUGAGGCUGGUGAGAUGCUUCACUUGGCCCUCAAGGCCUACAAGCAUGCGACAUGGUUGGAACUUUCGCCUUCGCUACGACAACGUGACACCAACAUCGCUUGGUGCACUGUUUUCCUACACACGGUUUCCAAGGCUUGCCCCGCCAAUGCUAUGCAGGGCGAUCAACACGAACGUGAGAAGCAUCACUGGUGGAAGGCUAAGAAGUGGGCUUUCUUCAACCUAAACCGCCUCUUCAUUCGGCAUGGCAACCCUGCCAGUCCUGGUAAGGGCGAAGACGCACUUGCUUUUGCCAAGGACUUCACCGCGAACAUUGCCCCCGAGAUCCUCAAGCACUACCUCCAAGAGAUCGAGAAAUGGGUUGCCAAAACCUCUUGGCUCAGCCGACCUUGUCUUUCCUAUACUCUGGUCUUCCUCGACGAGUCCGUACGACCCAAGGAAAUGUGGUCACAUCUUAAGCCUCAUCUUACAAACCUUGUCACCCACUUUGUCUUCCCCGUCCUUUGCCUUACCGAGGAGGAUGUCGAGCAAUUCCAAGAUGAGCCCGACGAGUACCUUCACCGAAAGCUUAACUACUUCGAGGAAGCGUCUGCUCCUGAUGUCGCCGCUACUAACUUCCUGGUCAACCUUACAAAGAACCGCCGCAAGGAGACCUUCGAGAUCCUCAAGUUCGUCAAUGCCGUUGUCACCGAGUACGAGCAGGCUGCGGAUGAUCAGAAGAACCAUAUUGCCAAGGAGGGUGCUCUGCGCAUGAUCGCUACCCUGGCGCCGGUUAUUUUGGGCAAGAAGAGCCCCAUUGCUGAUCAGGUCGAAUACUUCCUCGUCCGUUAUGUCUUCCCCGACUUCACCAGCCCACAGGGCUACCUCCGCGCUCGUGCUUGCGACACCAUCGAGAAGUUCGAGCAGCUCAACUUCCAGGAUCAGAACAACCUCCUUACUAUCUACCGACACAUCCUGGAUUGUAUGGCCGACCCUGAUCUCCCAGUUCGUGUCACGGCCGCUCUCGCUCUCCAGCCUCUAAUCCGCCACGAUGUCAUUCGAACAAGCAUGCAACAAAACAUUCCCACGAUUAUGCAGCAGUUGCUCAAGCUUGCCAACGAGGCUGAUAUCGAUGCGCUCGCCAACGUCAUGGAGGACUUUGUCGAGGUCUUCGCCACUGAGCUCACUCCUUUUGCUGUCGCACUGAGUGAGCAGCUCCGAGACACUUACAUGAGAAUUGUGCGCGAGCUUCUCGAGAAGGAGAGCAAGGUUGGUGAUGACGGUGAGCUCUACAACGAGUAUGACGACAAGAGCAUCACUGCUCUGGGUGUCUUGCAGACCAUCGGAACUCUGAUCCUUACACUCGAGAGCACGCCUGACGUCCUGCUCCACAUCGAGGCUGUCCUUAUGCCCGUCAUCAAGGUUACCCUGGAGAACAAGCUUUACGACCUCUACAACGAAGUCUUCGAAAUCAUCGAUAGCUGCACUUUUGCUGCCAAGUCCAUCUCUCCCACUAUGUGGCAGGCCUUUGAGUUGAUCCACACUACUUUCAAGGCCGGUGCUGAGUACUACCUCGAGGAUAUGCUGCCUGCUCUGGAUAACUUUGUCCAAUUUGGUGCUCCUCAGCUCGCUCAGAAGCCCGAGUACACUCAGGCGCUUUACUCCAUGGUCGCUGACAUGUUCACCGACAGUAUUCAGGGAGGUGUCGAGAGGAUAUGUGCUUGCAAACUGGCCGAGGCCAUGAUGCUUAGCUUAAAGGGCCAGAUUGAUAGCUGUGUCGAGGGUUUCAUCAACAUUGCCAUGAACAUCCUCGCCAACCAAGAUAUCAAAGUAAAGAGCUACCGCAUUCAUCUCAUGGAGAUGGUUAUCAACUCGAUCCAUUACAACCCACUCCUUACCCUUCAGGUUCUUGAGAACAAGGGCUGGACAAACCGAUUCUUCAGUCUCUGGUUCGGCAGCAUGACUUCUUUCACCCGUGUUCACGACAAGAAGCUUUGCAUUGUUGCCAUCUCGGCUCUUCUUAGCCUGAACCCUGAGCACGUGCCGUCAAGUGUCUCCGUUGGCUGGCCAAGAUUGCUUCAAGGCAUUACUGAACUAUUCCGCUCCCUUCCUGCCGCUCAGAAGAACCGCGAUGAGGCUCUCCGUGACGACUUCCACCUCGAGUCCACUUACGACUACGGCGAGGAAGAUGAGUGGGAUGACGACGAGGCCAACUGGAACGCUGAGGAGGAAGAGGAGACAGGCGAGACUAACGAGUCCAAGGACGAGAGCACUGCUUAUCUGAACUUCUUGAACGAGGAGGCCCAGAAGUUUAGCCGAGCAAUUGAUGACGUCGAGGAGGACGAUCUUGGCGAGGACUCUGUCCUGCUCGAGUCACCCCUCGAUAAGAUUGAGCCUUAUCAAUUAUUCCGCGGUACUUUAAUGAAAAUGCAACAAGAGCAACCCCAAUUCUAUAGCAGCCUGGCUGGACACCUCACAGCUGAUGAUCAGAAUGUGAUUCAGUCGGUAAUGGUCAAGGCCGAUGAGAUUGCGGCACAGCAGGUGCAGCAAGCUCAGCAAGCCCAGCUCCUCGCUCAGCAACAGGCUGCUGCGAUGGCGGCCAACCUCAGCGCCCCUAACGGCGGUGCCAGCUAA